AUGACGACCACGACACCCCUGCGGGUGGCGGUCGUGUGCUCCAACAACCAGAACCGGAGCAUGGAGGCGCACUACAUGCUGAGCAAGCGCGGCUUCUGCGUGCGCUCCUUCGGCACCGGCAGCCGCGUGAGGUUGCCCGGGCCCAGCCCCGACAAGCCCAACGUGUACGACUUCAAGGCCACCUACGAGCAGAUGUACCUGGAUCUCGCGCACCAGGACCGCGACUUCUACACGCAGAACGGCAUCCUGCGGAUGCUCGAGCGCAACAAGCGCCUCAAGCCGCGGCCCGAGAGGUUCCAGAGCUGCCCCGACGCCUUCGACCUCAUCAUCACCUGCGAGGAGCGCGUGUACGACCUGGUGGUGCAAGACCUGAGCUCCCGCGAGCAGGAGACGUACCAGCCGGUGCACGUCGUCAAUGUCAACAUCCGCGACACCCUGAAGCAGGCCACCCUGGGCGCCUUCCUCAUCUGCGACCUGUGCCAGUGCAUCCAGCGCCUGGAGGAUGUGGAGCGAGACAUAGACAGUCUCCUGCGCGAGCUCACCAAGAAGACCGGCAAGACCUUCCAGCACACCGUCUGCUUCUACUGAUG